ACUUUGUCAAAGUAAAUUGUUUUGAUGUUGUGUUGAAGCCGACAAUUAAUUGAAUAAAGCGCUUUGAUUUAAUAUACUAAGAAUGAAUUCAAAUUCGGCACAACUUUGCCGUUUAUGUCUGGAAACUAGUGGCGGUUUUGUAAAUAUUUUCGAAAAGUUUCAAGACUCAACCGUUGCUUCAGUUUUGGUCGAACAUUUCUGGUUCCAGAUUAAUAAAGAUGACGGUAUGCCGGAAUGGGUGUGUGAAAUAUGUUGGAGCCAAACGAGAACAUUUCACCAUUUCUACAAGCGACUGGAGUUACUACAUCAGAAUUGCAUGAAUUCGAUCGUCUUGGUCAAAGUUGACGAAAUAAAGCAAGAGCGAAGAAGUUUGAGUCCUAUCGAGACAGCGUUGGAAGCUGGUCUUUUUGUAGGCAAAUGCGAAGAAGAAACGGAUAUUACAAUUAAGACUGACGAUACGCAGACACCAAGCAUGGAAAACAGUUAUGACGAAGAUGACGACGAUAAUAUGGGUGUUCAAAAUGAAGCAGAGCAAGCCAUUGACAAUGAUAACGAGCCUUCACUUGAUAAGCCUAGUAGAUAUAACUUGCUCAGUGCAUAUGAAAUCGAGCGGCAGGACGCAGAGAUUCGCAGAUUUUUCACAAUGAAAUGCGACAUUUGCAGUGACGUCGAACUCGACACUUUAGAAAAAGUGAGAAAACAUUAUCGCCAAGCGCACAAGAAACGUGGUCAUUUGAUCUGCUGUGGAAAUAAGUAUUACAAACGCUCCGGAAUACUGGACCAUAUCCAGUAUCAUGUUAAUCCAGACGCACACCGAUGCGACCAGUGUGGUAAAAGUUAUAGAAACAGAAAGAUACUGAGUGAUCACAUAAAAUGUCACGAACUCGCCCAUGACUACACAUGCAGCUUGUGUCCCAAAACUUACAUAUCCGUAGCAAAGCUGAACUAUCACAUUCGAGAAAAGCAUUCCACGGAUACGAGCGAUAAAUUUCCUUGCAACCAGUGUGACAUAAUUUUUCCGACAAGGUACAAACUGACAAGACACAUGAAAACCGUUCAUGGCCCGUCUAUAAAUCACAUUUGUGAAGGAUGCGGCCGAGCAUUCAAAAACAAACCCGAUUUGAAACACCACAUAGAAGUGGAACAUCGAACAAUACCACUGCCGAAAGCUCAAUGUGACAUUUGUGGUGUUUGGUUGAAGCAUAAACGUCGCCUUCAUCAACAUUAUAUGAGAAACCAUCAGGAAAUGCAAGAUGCUCAGGACGGCGAUGCAAAGUUUCUCAAUUGCCCGAUUUGUAAGAAAAACGUGCAGAACAAGCGAUUGUUGGACUGCCAUAUUCGAAAUUCUCAUGGCGAACGAAAACAUCAGUGUACACUUUGCGACAAAGCAUUCAGAAAGGCUACAAUCCUAAAGGAACACAUAGCAGCACUUCACACUGGUGUAGAUUUGUACAGUUGUACGUACUGCGAUAAAACUUUCAAAUCCAGUGCGAACAUGUACAAUCAUCGGAAGAAGGCCCAUGUAGCAGAAUGGGCCAGAGACAGAGCAGAAAAAGAUAGCUGCAAUCAAGCCGCUCCCAGCGAAACUGAGACCUGCUCCUAUGGAUCCCAUCCCAAAAAACUUAAAUCUUGCCCCCUAAAGUACAAUUUUGCCAAAGUGGUGCGAUUAGAGUUACGCCAUCAGAACUACUUCAACUCAAUCGGUUUGGUUGAUGAAAUAAAGCAAGAGCGAUGUGUCAGUCCUGUAGAGGCAGCGGUGGAAGCUUUUCUCUUUGUAGACAAAUGCGAAGAAGAAACGGAUAUAACAAUAAAGACUGACGACAUGCAGACACCAAGCAUGGAAAACAGUUGUGAUGAAGAUGAUGACGACAAUAGGGGCUCUCAAAGUGAAGCUAAGGGAUCCUUUGACGAUGAUAAUGAACCAUCCGUUGAUAAGCCUAGAAGAUAUAACUCGAUCAGUCGAUCGGAAAUCGAGCGACAGGAUGCAGAGAUUCGUAAAUUUUUCCCGAUGAAAUGCGAUUUUUGCAGUGACGUUGAUUUCGACACAUUGAAGAAAAUGAGGAAACAUUAUCGUCAAGUGCAUAAAGUAGCUAAAGGAUAUUUGGUUUGCUGUGGAAAUAAGUGUACAUUGUGCGACAAGGCAUUCAAAACGAGUCAGGGCUUAAAGGAACACAUAGCAGCACUUCACACUGGUGCAGAUUUGUACAGUUGUGCGUACUGUGAUAGGACUUUCAAAUCGAGAGCGAACAUGUACAAUCAUCGUAAGAAGGUCCAUUUAGCAGAGUGGACCAGAGACAAAGCAGAAAAGGAGAUAUGCAAUCAAGAAACACCUAGUGAAACUGAAACAACAGCUAAGACAAGAUUGGAGUUCCGCCAUAAGAAUUCCUUGAACUCAAUCGUCUUGGUCAAAGUUGAUGAAAUAAAGCAAGAGCGAAGUGUCAGUCCUAUGGGUGAAGCAUUGGAAGCUGAUUUAAACAUAGUUAAAUGUGAAGAGGAAAAGGUCAUGACAAUAACGACUGACACGCAGGCACUGAGCAAGUGCAAAAGUUCUGAUGAAGAUAGCAACGAUAAUAGCGGCGAUCAAAGUGAAGAUGGUGAAUCCACUGAAGACGAGGACAAGCUUUCCUUUGAUAAGCCUAAUAGAAUUAUCUCGCACAGUCGAUCAGAAAUAGAGGAACAGGACGCAGAGAUUCAAAUGCAGGAAGCUCAGAACGGUAACUUACAGGCUGCCAGUUGUCCGACCUGUAACAAAAAGAUGCAGAGCAAACGGUUAUUAGCCAGUCAUAUCAAAUACGCUCAUGGUGAACGAAAUCAUAAGUGUUCAUUGUGCGACAAAGCAUUCAAGACGAGUCAAGGCUUAAAGGAACACAUAGCAGCACUUCACACAGGAGCAGAUUUGUACAGCUGUACGUACUGUGAUAAGACUUUCAAAUCAAAUGCGAACAUGUACAAUCAUCGUAAGAAGGCUCAUUUAGCAGAAUGGACCAGAGACAGAGCAGAAAAGAAUCAAUGCAAUCAAAACGCACCUAGUGAAACUGACAGACUAGCUAAAAUGAUGUGUUAUGUUGUUUCGAAUGCUCAUUCCGACGAAAUGAAUUCGAAUUCGACCCAAAUAUGCCGUUUAUGUCUGGAAACUAGUGAUGGCCUACUUAACAUUUUCGAAACGUUUCAAGGCUCAACCAUCGCCUCAGUUUUGGCUAAACAUUUCUGGUUCCAGAUUAAUAAAGAUGACGGUAUGCCGGAAUGGGUGUGUGAAAUAUGUUGGAUCCAAACGAAAACGUUCCACCAUUUCUACAAGAGAUUGGAGUUCCGCCAUAAGAAUUGCUUGAACUCAAUCGUCUUGGUCAAAGUUGAUGAAAUUAAGCAAGAGCGAAGUGUCAGUCCUAUGGGUGAAGCAUUGGAAGCUGAUUUAAACAUAGUUAAAUGUGAAGAGGAAAAGGUCAUGACAAUAACGACUGACACGCAGGCACUGAGCAAGUGCAAUAGUUCUGAUGAAGAUAGCAACGAUAAUAGCGGCGAUCAAAGUAGUGAAGAUGGUGAAUCCACUGAAGACGAGGACAAGCUGUCCUUUGAUAAGCCUAAUAGAAUUAUCUCGCACAGUCGAUCAGAAAUAGAGAAACAGGACGCAGAGAUUCGUAAAUUUUUCAGAAUGAAAUGCGAAAUUUGCAGUGACGUCGAUCUCGAUACAUUAAAAAGAGCGAGAAAACAUUAUCGUCAAGUGCACAAGACGAGCGGUUAUUUGAUCUGUUGCGAAAAGAAAUUUAAGUUCCGCUACAGGAUGCUAGAUCACGUGCGGAACCACGUUAAUCCAGAAGCACACCGCUGCGAGCAAUGUGGCAAAAGUUUUAAAGACAAAUAUGGACUGAAACUACACUCGAAAAUUCACAUACCACUGAAUUUGCGUGGCUAUAAAUGUAGCUUAUGUUCGAAGAUUUGCACGACCGCCAAAUCACUGAAAUAUCAUGUUCAACACAAACAUCCAACGGAUUCGUCUGAAACAUUUCCUUGCGACCAGUGUGACAAGAAUUUCCAGUCAAAAAUGUCACUAACCUCUCACAUAAGGAACGUUCAUGACUCUUCGUUGGAUCACGUUUGCGAGAUAUGCGGUCGCGCGUUCAAACGCAAUGCCAGUCUUCAAAACCACAAAGAUAUAGAGCAUUCUACAACACCUCCGCCGAAAGUUCAGUGCGACAUCUGCGGUACUUGGUUGAAACAUGAACGUAAUCUUUGGCACCAUUUUAAAAUGCACCAAGAAAUGCAGGAAGCUCAGGAUGGUAACUCACAGGCUGCCAGUUGUCCGAUUUGUAAGAAAAAGGUGCAGAGUAAACGGUCAUUAGCCAGUCAUAUCAGAUGUGCUCAUGGCGAACGAAAUCAUAAGUGUACACUUUGCGAUAAGGCAUUCAGGACGAGUCAAGGCAUAAAGGAACACAUGGCAGCACUUCACACUGGUGCAGAUUUGUAUAGUUGUGCGUAUUGCGACAGGACUUUUAAAUCGAAUUCGAACCUGUACAAUCAUCGUAAGAAGGUCCAUUUAGCAGAGUGGACCAGAGACAAAGCAGAAAAGGACAGAUGCAAUCAAGUAGCACCUAGUGAAACUGAAACCACAGCAACAAUGGUGGUUGAUGAAUAAAUCUAGCAACGCAAUCAACUAU